ACCUGCACAUUUAAUUUUUAACGAUUUAACUUUAUUGCGAUUUUUUUAAAGAAAUUAAUUACCAACAAAAUUACUCAACUUUUUUAAUACAGAAAACAAUAACAUGCUCUCUGUGAUAAGAAUAUUAUGAGAGUUUUCUACCAACAGAAAUGCACUCGCUACAAGAGCUCGCAGAAUAUGAUGAAGUUUUAAAUCCACUGCCGCCUUUGAUAUCAAUUAAUUUACGAGCAAAACUAGACGCUGAGAAGGUUUCUAUUGAAGACGUUACGCAUACUGCACAUCAUAAGAAAAGGUCAAUUCAACAUCAUGAGGCUAAAGAAGACCAAAGUAUAUUGAAGAGCCGACCGAGACCUCUACAUGAUCUGGAAAUUAUAUGGUGCCCCAGUGUCCUUGAUUUUGAAAUUGACGAUGUGGAAAUUCUUUAUAGAUUAAGGAUAUGGAAUCCAUGUCCACGCUCAAUUUAUCUCCACUGUUGCGGAUUCUGGGAUGAGACGUGCCGCCUGGGAGCAUAUUGGCGUUGCUACCCCCGCACCAGGUUCCUGUUAGCGCCAGGCCUCCCCGUUGAUAUCUACAUCAAGGCUACACCUCGGGACUACAGCCCGAUACCACAUGCAACGAUAGCACUGCAAUUAGCCGCCGCACAUAAAAGGGAUAACGUUGUUGGCUAUUUUGCUGUACCCAUACGAGUUACGUUUUUGAAAUACUUACCACCUUCUCCUCGGGGAGAAUAAAUCAUACCUACUUGAUUGACUUUAUACAAGUAACAGUAGCCAGUAAGAAGUAUCCUUUAUGAAGUAAUGGACAGCAAAAUCAUUGCAAGCCGUGACCUAAUUAUAUAAAGCUUCGUAAACAAACUAGGUACUGUUUAAAUUAAAUGCUUGAUUGUUCAAAAUAAUAUA